GUUGCGGGGGGGUGGUGGUGGUGCGCGUCCAGUUGCUAUGGUUACAGACUAGGCCCCGUUGCUAGGGCGACCAGGGGAGCGAGUCUGUGAUGAAGAUCACGUAAAGUUACAGCUUGGAUGAAGUUUUAUAAUUACGCGUUUGUUAUCAAUAACAGGGACAUAUUUAUUUUUUAUCUUACAGACACGGGUAUAAUAUACUUACUGUAGAUCGCUAGAAUAAUUCCGGUAGUCUUCAAAGGCGAGUCCUUCCUAGACGCGGAUAUCUUCACUUACAAUUUGCCUCGCCAUGGACUCGGAGUACCUGAAGCUGCGCAUGGGGCCCUGCCUGGCGGCUGGCUUGGCCGACUUGGUGCUACGGCGUCCAGCGGAUCCCAUCGAGCAUCUGGCUCUGUGGCUGUAUAAGUACCGCGAGAACGCCACGCACGCUGCGGCGAGGGCAGAGGAGAUGGUGGAGCUUCAGAAGCAGAGGGAGGAGGCCGCCUCGCAGGAGACCCAGAGAGAAGCGGAGAGAGAAGCACUGAGAGAAGCAGAGCGGGAAGCGCAGAGGGAAGCACAAAGGGCAUUAGAGAAGCAGGAGCAGCUGAGGCUGGAAGAUGAGAAGCUGCAGAAUUCUUCAGAAACAAUACAACCGUCGCAGGAUGUUGAGCAGGUGGCCGAGGAUAGGACUUUGGUUGAUGCCUUCUCUCGGCCGGGGGCACCAACGCUGCCCACGCUGCAGGAGGGAGACGAGAGUAACGUUCACGAGGACGAUGAGCGAAGAGACAAUGAGAGUGGAAUAACCGAGCUGUCAGCGCAGGCUCGCGGUCAGACGCCCACCACCGCCCCCGCCACCGAUGCAGCCGAAGCACGAGACGGGGACGGCGAGAUAACGGAACAGCACGGAGACGGGGAGGGAGGAGCCGGCGUGGAUGCUGGCGCGCCAGACACGAGCAGGGAUGACGAAGUCGAGAGGACGAACGUCGACAUGGCAUCGGAAGAGGAGGUACCUGCCCCGGCUGACCCUGAAUAGACGUGAAAUGUCACAGUUUUCAAGCCAAGUUUUUAUUUUAUAUGUAAAAAAAUAUAUACCGAACUUAGGCAAUACUGUAUAGGCCCUACAUCUACUAGGCACAAUAUCAGUUUGGUGUGUUUUGACAUAUAUAUGGGAAAUAUGUAGUGAUUGCAAUGCUAAAUAAACAAAUUGUGGGAGACUUUUAUUCCAAAAUUAUAAAGAAGCACCUUUGAUUACAAAUACUUUAGAGUAUUUCAGCUGUAAGUGUUUCACUGUGCGGUAUUCUCUAUUAUCUUUUGAACUGUUUAUUGUGAUUAGUUUGUUGUCCUUCCCCUGCACCUCCGAUUAGCAAUGUUGGUUACAUACGGUGCGAAAGAAGUUGAACAUACAUAUAAGUUUGACGGAAAUUAAUAACGAAUAGCUUCGUGGAGAAUAUAAGUAACAACACAAAUAAGCAGUUCAUACACCUCUUUCAAUCGUAUAAGCUGGCAUCAUUGCUGAUGUAUGCCCAUUGUUCUCUGCAUUGCAAUUAAAGCAACAGCUUAGACCACAGAGGCUCAUGGUGUAGCCCUGAUUGUAAUUCACAAUCUUUUGAGUAGGUUGUCAAAUUGUCUGGGGAAGGUUGGUGUACUGGCAUUGUGCUCAGCAUUGCAUUGAAAAACAAAUAAAGCAGCUGAUGCGAUUUGAAUGAUUCUGGCA